AAAAGACGAAUGGACGCUCUCAAUCGAUGGGGCUGGCUGUUCGCUUGUGAGACCGGUGUUGAAUAGUUUGCUUUGUUUUAAUUUGCCAAGAAUUUGUCAUCGUGUGCGCUAACUGGAUGGUAAAAGUGCGACUUAUGGUCGAAGCAAAGAAGGGGAAAAGGUAAUUUCAUUUUUCUAGUGUAAUGUCGGCCAAACGCAAAGCAGGUGGAAAUGGAAAUCCCAGCAAAAGACGUCCCAAAAAGAAGGAGUCUGACUUCGAAGACGACGUAAGCGAAGAGUCUGAGGAGGAAGGCCAAUCUUCUUCCAAUCAAGUGGAAGUUCUGAUACCGAGUGAUGAAAUGGAACCCCCUGCUAAACUGCCAGAUGAUUUGUUGGCAUCCAUGGAGAAAACUCCGGGGCAUAUGUUAAUUGCUGGCAUGGUUACAUGGGACCUGACAGGCAAAAGAGAUCGCAAAAAUGUUGUUAAAGUUCGCCCAAAUUUGUACAGCUUUCAUCGUUUUACCGACGAAAAGUAUCGUUUUGCGGCUAGUAGUUGCUCGGCUGCACAUUCUAUACUCAUCAACAUGGAUCGUAUUGCUAUGGCGUUUGGACGUAAUCCAUCUGGGCAAUUGGGUUUGCCUGACACAAAAUUAUGCGAAAAACCCACAAUUAUUCCGGCAUUGGAAAAUGUGAGUGUGGUUCAAGCUGCAGUGGGACGACAUCAUUCACUUUUCCUAACCGAAACGGGUAGAGUGUACGCUUGCGGUGAAAAUAAGUCGGGACAAUGUGGAAUUGGCAACGCGACACCAAUAGUGCCAACACCAACAUUAAUUAACUAUAGUGGACCACCCAUAAUACGCGUAGGAUGUGGAGCUGAUUUUUCAGUAAUAUUGGAUAUCAAAGGAAAUUUACAUACAUUUGGCUUGCCAGAAUAUGGACAGUUGGGUCAUAACACUGAUGCCAAGUAUUUUGUAAAUGCCAAUAAGUUGUCAUUCCACUUCGAAACGUCUCCGAAAAAGAUUGUUCUCUACAUAGAAAAGAGUAAAGAUGGUCAUGUCACACCAGUUGAUAACGUGCAAAUUGUCGAUUUUGCCUGCGGAAACAAUCACACGGUCGCUAUCGAUUCGAAGAAACGUGUUUACAGUUGGGGCUUUGGUGGAUUUGGACGCCUUGGACAUGCUGAACCAAAGGAUGAAAUGGUUCCACGUCUUAUUAAAUUCUUUGACAUUCAGGGCAGAGGUGGUCGGAGCGUUUAUUGUGGCGCAACAUAUAGCUUGGUGGUUAACGAGUUGGGCGUCCUCUUUCUGUUUGGCCAAAAUAAGAAGACGGGAGAAGCCAACAUGUAUCCGAAACCGGUACAGGAUUUGUCCGGAUGGAAUAUUACCGCCGUUGGCUGUGCCAAUACUUCAAUUGUAAUCUCAGCCGACGAUACUCUAAUUGCUUGGGGUGCCUCUCCCACAUACGGUGAGUUAGGUAUUGGUGAAUUCCAGAAAUCUUCCACAGUUCCUAAGGAAGUGCCCAAAAUGGAUAGCAUGAAAAUACCUCAAGUAGCCAUGGGUUACUCACAUACAAUCCUUUUGGUUGAUACUGAUCACGAAGGUACGAAAGCGAAGUACGACAAACUACCAGAAUACACCAUCGAUGAUUAGUGGUAUCGAAAGAAGACUACAAAUAUACAAAUUUUUCGUUAUCUUUGCCAAACAAGCAAUUCGUAUUACAUAUAAACAUCAUCUAUGAAAACUAAGGGGAACGAAGAGCAUCAAUGCAUUUAAAAAAAUGCUACAUGAGUGUAUACCAUUAAAUCAUGUCAUGAAACACAAAUUCAAUAAAAUCAGUUACUUUUAUACAUAUUACCCGGAAUACUUUAAACUCCCUCCUUUAUGUUUUGAAAAAUUCUCUCUUUUGUAACGUUCCAUUUCGUUCUGGCGUAAAAAUAAUUGCGUUUUUUAAUUGUGUCCAUUACCUAUUUAUGAAAAUGAAUUAUAUAUUUUAUAUUAUUGUAUUCUUGUAUUUUUAAGUAUGUGAGUACCCCUAAUAUAAGCGGCAUUCAUUUAUAAUGCAUCUUUGCACUAAGCAUACCAGUUCAAAACAUUAUUGUCAAUAUUUAUAAUUUCUUUUUUAAAAAUUCAUAUUCAGUA